GGUGUUCAGCUGAAGGUAACACCAACGAGUAUUUGUAUCGGAAUAUUCACUGGAGAAGGCGGAGAAGUGAAGAGAAGAGAAGAGAAAAGAAGACAGAAAAAUGGGAGUAGAGAAGGAAGUGUUGAGGGGUGGCAAUGGGUCGAAGCCCCGCCCUGGCCAGUCAGUCACCGUUCACUGCACCGGCUUCGGUAAGAAUGGUGACCUGUCACAAAAGUUCUGGAGCACAAAAGAUCCAGGACAACAACCAUUCACAUUUAAAAUAGGACAGGGAAAUGUUAUUAAAGGUUGGGAUGAAGGUGUUUUAGGCAUGCAACUAGGAGAGACUGCAAAACUUCGGUGUUCACCAGAUUAUGCAUAUGGGCCAGCUGGCUUCCCUUCUUGGGGCAUACAACCAAAUUCUGUCUUGGUUUUUGAGAUUGAAGUUUUGAGUAUAAACUAAAAUAUUCUCAUCUUCAUUGAAGUUAUGAUCUGCAAACAUAGUCAGCUAACUAUGAUCACAGUUGGAAACACUAUUUAAGAUGCGGAAUCUUUAUAUUUCUUGAUAAUGUAAUAAUUAAAAGUUGGAUUUUAUGGUAGUUGUCACAGGAAGUUGUUGGUUAGUUGUUGUUCAAACACUUGAAGCCGUUCUGAUGUGUUCAAUGAGAACUCCCUGUUUGGCUAAUUUUAGGAGUGUGCCAACAUUUGGUUCUGAUUAUAGUGCCUAGAUGCAUCGUCAUUAAUAAUUGCAAUCGAAAUAAUGUUCAGAUUC